AGAGACGCCCGCAUCGCAUGGUAAGUCACACAAACGUAUAUGCCCUCACCGCACCGCUUGGAAUGAUGUGUAAAAAAAAGCAUGUAUUACCUGAAUACGCUUUGAUGUAUCAAUUUAUCACCAAGAUCUCUGACCCAAGACGCCGUUUACGCCCUCUUCAAUACCUGACAUUUUAGCCCGCCAAAAAGCCGCGGCUAACACUUUUCAAAAGCACAGAUAGCCCUGACCGGUAGCCACGCCUCGUCCGCGAUGUCUUCCGCCCCGAAGGCACCCGCGGGGCACUUCAACGUGCUCUACUUUGCGAGCGCCAGCUCCUUUACGGGCAAGGAGCACGAGGCGCUGCCGGCGCCGAUGCCCCUGGGGAAGCUGUUCGCCGAGCUGGAGGCGCGGCACCCAGGCCUCAAGGCCAAGAUCCUGGACUCGUGCCUGGUGACGGUCAAUCUCGACUAUGUAGACAUGCCGGCGGAUCCCUCCGAGGAGGGCGACGUCAUCCAGGAAGCGGACGAGGUCGCAAUCAUACCUCCUGUCAGCUCCGGGUGAAGGGCGACAAAAUCACCGCCCAUGGAUCUCCCCACCGACGACACCCGCUCAUGGCCUGGAGUUUGGUGCAUUGAGCUGGGACGGGCGCGGCAGGCCGAUCAAGCCAUCCGGCGCCAGCGUCAACGGCUAUCGUGGCGGGCGGGAACGCCCUCUGAAUUGGAAAGCAACGGGGCUCGCUCCUCGUCUCGAGCCGUCGUUAGGGCCUUUCGCCAGCGCUGGCCCCACUCGUUUCGCCAAUGCGGCGUCUGCUUGGUGUAGCGGCGCCAGCGCAUCACGGCGAUGGCGUUGAGGAGGACAAAGACGGCGACGGCGAGGGUGGCGGCGAUGGAGACGAGGGCAGUCAGGCUCGUAGUGGACGACACGCCGCAGCCAAAGGGCUGCGAGCGCAGCUCCCAGCGCUCGGCGGGAUGGGGGCAGAUGUUGGCCUGGUAAGCCGGGGCCAGUAGCGGGAUGGCGUAUGAGUUGGGGACGCAAGACCAGGUCUAACAUGUAGCCGUGAGCAAGCGUGAUGCUGAAACCAAACAAUGGUACUAUUUUAGUAGUAUCGAAUCACGUACAUAGGGACACCAGCUGCACCGCGUCUCACCGAGGCAACCGCCGCAGUUCUGGUGAGCCCAGCAUCGCGCAAAGUGGCGGCGGUCGCUCUCGGCGGGGCGGGCGGUGGUGAAGUUGUCGCGGGCGGCCGCCGUGUCUAGCGAUGGAUCCAUGCUGGGACGCACAGGUGCCAGACUAUGUAUGGUCCUUGUCGUAGACUGUGGCCGAGAGGAGAAGAUGGUAAUCCGAUAUGUGUGCGCAGUCUUUGCUUGCGCGAAGACGUGGGGAUUAAUCGAUCUGAUUGAAUGAUUGAUGAUUGACAGAUG